CUGGUGAUUAGGAGCUUACUGAAAACUCUGGAGGAGUUCCAAAUAGCCUAGGAAAAUUUUCAAACAAUCGUCAAUAGUAUCAGCGUGUUUUGGGAUGUAAACUGUAAAUACGAGAAAAAUAAUGUCUGGAACAAACCACAUUGGAGUGCAUUUAUUGGCAGGAGGUGUUGGUGGUACUGUAGGUGCCAUAGCAACCUGUCCAUUGGAAGUUGUGAAAACACGUCUCCAGUCGUCAGUGGCACAGUUCCACCCUGCCUACAUACAGUCACACACUACCACAUACGUCCCUAAUGUACAACUAUACACGACUGCUGGGACUGUUUCGGCAGACACACAGUUGUUACAGAAUGGUUAUCGACAUACAAAAACACAUGUUAGUCUUUUGAAAUGUUUAAAACACAUAGUCCAAACAGAAGGUGUAAACGGGUUAUUCAAGGGACUUGGUCCAAACUUAGUUGGUGUAGCGCCCUCAAGGGCAAUAUAUUUUUUCUCCUAUGCCAACAUGAAGAAUUAUUUAAAUACAGUGAUGAACCCAGAAACUCCUCUAGUCCACAUUGGCUCAGCAGUAACAGCAGGUUUCACUGCAUGUACUCUUACAAAUCCGAUCUGGUUCGUCAAGACACGACUUCAGUUAGAUUCAAAGAAGGAUAACAGUUUAACAUGCAGACAAUGUGUAAAAAACAUUUACCAGACUGAAGGUGUUAAGGCAUUUUACCGUGGAAUUACUGCUUCGUAUUUUGGUGUUACUGAGACAGUUAUACAUUUUGUGAUAUAUGAAGCAUUAAAGGCUCGAAUGUUAGAAUACAAUGGAUCAAGUCAACAUGAUAGUCGUUCUGCUACAGAUUUUCUCCGAUUCAUGGCUGCUGGUGCUGUUUCGAAGACGUGUGCCACAUGCGUGGCCUACCCUCAUGAAGUGGUACGAACACGGCUUCGUGAGGAAGGUUCAAAGUACAAAUCAUUCUUUCAGACUCUUGUGACUGUUGGUAAAGAGGAAGGGUUCCGUGGUCUUUAUCGUGGAUUGGGUACACAGCUGAUAAGACAAAUACCGAACACAGCAUUAAUGAUGUCAACAUAUGAACUCGUCGUACACUUGUUUUCUAAUAAUGACAGUUAUGAUGAUGAUUAUGAAUAGUAAUCGAUGUUGAUCUAGGAUUUUUAUAUGAUUGAAUGGGCUGUGAUAGUAGGUUAGUGCAUGGAAAAUUUUCAGGAAGUGUGACAAUGUCCUCGAAAUACAGGACAUGAUUAAGUUACAGAUGUAGAUGCUGUGCAGAUGUUGAGGAUGAAUUUCAUUACUUUCUCAUAUGCCAUAAGAUUUUAAACAUAAUAAUGGUGUUUUACCACCUUUGAAUUGUGUUCAGAUGUGAAAAGCUGCUUGUUGGUAAAAGGGAAUAGAUGGAUGAAAGUAGAGAGAAUGUUAUAGGCAAAAGAGAAAGAUAAAAAAACCAUUGGUGUUUGAAUGGAUGAUGUGUACUUUAAGUAAUGUGUUAAUCAUUUAUAAGUUAUAGGGCAUUAUGAGUGGGACCUUUAUGCCUCAAAGGCUUGUUUUCAAUCCAUUAUUUUGAAGCUGUAUAUUACAUGGUUUGGGUUAUAUCUGUAGAAAUUUGUUUUCAUUGAAAUAAGUUCAUUAAUUAUAUGUUUUUGAGUUCUUAUAUUAUUUUUUUUUCAAUUGAUAGAAAUUCAUAAAAAAAAAUUGUGUCAUAAAGAAAAAUUUUAAUAUAACCCCAAAAAAUGCUGAAAGCACCAAAAAAUUAAGACUUGCAUUGUUGUUAUUUAAAGGUAACACUGCAAUGAAUUUAUAUUUAAUGUUUAAAGUUUGUUUUUUGAUAUAUGAAGCAGUUGAUAAAAUGUAAAAGAUUUUUUUUUUGUUUUGUCAUAUUUGCAAGAUCAUUUCUUUGUUACCUGUUCUUUUCUCCUUCAUUCUCAUCUGUCAUUUUCAUCACUUCAGUAUUGUUUUUUAUUUUCAUGUCUUCUUUCUAUCUCAGCCUGGUCUUAUAUUUAUGUAUUUCCACAUUGAAUUGAUUGGAUUUAUUUACCGAGAACAACUGUUUGUUCAAGGUAAAGAUUACAUUCUUGCAGAAGACUUUAUCACUUCUUUUGAGAGAGAGAGAAAACCGGACAUUGAGCCCAAAAUUCAAUAUGUCCUAUCCAUGAGAACAUUUCAAAAAAUUAAUUAAUGAUAUAUAUAGUCAGAUAUUCAAAAUAAUAGAAUAAUGUGUAUUUCUAAAAACAUGCUUGUCAAGAAAAUUACAAAAGUAUGCAUGGUGCAUGAAUUUUGUAUCAGUCCUAAAAAUAUCAUUUAUGUCAUUGUUGAAGUAAUAUUUAAAAUUGGAGUUUUCUUCCUUUGUCAAUAAUUAUCACAUCUUCAAUUCAUAGUUUUGCGUUCCAAAAAGAUGUAAUACAAUGCCCUGUUAAUUUUAAAUUCCCACUGCAAAAUGAAUGCAAUCUUUACCCUUCAGUGCUCAAUACCACUUUGGUUAAAAUUUCACAUCGUAACAAAGACUAAACUGCUAGACAGUCACAAAAUUUGAAUUAAUUGUUUUAGAAGAAAUAAAGCAAUGUUUUUUUUCAUAUCCUGCAAGUAAAUCAAAGAUAUCAGGAUUAUAUUUUUGUAUGCCAGACACAUGUUUCGUCUACUUAUAGGUUAUUGAUGGUUUUUUAAACGAAAGGGUGUUUCUCAGUUACAAUCUCAUUGAAGGGUGACAACCCCAAGAUGAGAUGUGGCAAAGAAACAUCCUCGAGUUUGAAAGACCAUUGAUAAUCUGUUUAUCGCUAUUUUGCCUAUGACUUCGUUGAUGUUUACAUUGACAACGUCACAUGUGCCUUUAGUUUCUGACGAUUAUUUUUUAUCUCUAGCCCGUUACAUGAUAUGAAAAUUAUCACAAAAAAAGAUCAAAAAAAUAUUACACAAAAUAGCGAUAAAAAAGACUUAUCAGUGACGCACUAAUCAAAAUAUUAAAAGGCCAAAUAAGAGAUACUAAUAUAAGAAUCCAUCAAUAUUUACUGGAACUUUUGUAAAAUGUACACAAAAAAUGUUCUUUCAAGGAUGUUUGAGCAUCAGAUGUCAUUGUUUAUAGAAUCAAGUAAACUGUAGUACUUGCUAGACAAAGUUUGUAACAAAAUAAACAGAAAUAAUGUUAUCUGUAGAACAGCUAUCAUUUCAAAGGUUAUAUUUAUAAAAUUUGGUUUACCUUGAGUUCUAAUGCACAUUAUGUUAUGAAUAUUCAGAUAUGUUCAGGGUUUUAAUAUGAAUAUUCAGAUAUGUUCAGGGUUUUAAUAUUCUUUUAUUUGCUCCAGUACUGUUUUAUUUU